UCGAUCCCCCAUACCAAACCAGCGAGCGACGGGCAAGAUACCAAAUUUUGCACGAAUUUGUGCGAAUAGCGGUAGCUAUUGGAGGCACAAAUUUGGGCGAAUAUCCACAGCGUUUGGGGAUUACCCUGUUAUCUGAUCGCCGCGCUCCAGGCGGAAGCGGCUGCAAGUAGAAAUACGGCGAUCACGACCUCAACUCAGAUCGUCAGCAUCAGCCGCAGAAGUCGCAGUCAGAGCGCACUGUGGUGUACUGGACGUGUUUCUUCUUAUUCAGCACGGGUCAAGGUCACCAAAGAAAUCCUUGAAAACGUCCCUGUGGCGGGGCCGAACACUCAAGAUCCGGUCAUCAACCUGACACUGUUGUGUCUCUCCGUCACGAAAGAAAGCACUUCGGCGUGCCCCCUGCUGCACACGCGUCAUGUCCUCGGAUAUCGUCGUGGUGGAGCUGCCGGUGCUUCCGGCCGACGUCCUGGUGGCGGUGAUGCAGUUUCUCCCGGUGAAGGACGUCCUCGCCUGCCGCCUCGUGUGCAAGGAGCUCGCGGACCUCGCCCUCUGCGGCGACGUGUGGCGUCACCGGCAACUCGCGGGCGACCACUCGCGCGCCAGCGCGGUGCUGCGGCUGGCGCCGCGCCUGGACGAGGUCUUCGUCCAUCGACGCACCCUCCUGGCCAUGACCACGACGAAGUGCGCCGUGUCAAAGCUGACUCUAUUAGCUGAUUUGUCUUGGUUCUACUGCAGCGCCAGACACGACGCACGGUUCCCACUGUACGCGGAGGCGGUGCGGAACCAGGAAGCGCUCGGGCGCCUGCGGCAGUUGACGCUGCGCUCCGAUAUGCGGUUGAUGAACCAGAAGAAGAUCAAAGCCGACGUGCUGGUCAGCGCCCUGGCGACGUGCUCUGGUCUGAAGAAGCUUACUAUCGACACUGUUGAACUACAAACCGACAAGCCCGUCACUGCCGGGCCAAUCCGACCUUCCCUCGAGUUUUUCCGAUGCCGCGCUACCGACGACAACUCGGUGUCCUUCGUGAACACGAUGCUGGCCGGCCACGGCGCCACCCUGGAGGAGGUCGACAUCAUCAGCUCAGGUCCGCUGUGGUUUAAGAAGCCCGUCGACUGGGCGGACGCGUCGCCGGCCCACCUGCUGGCCGCCAUGCCCAACCUCCGCACUCUCCGGUGCGACAUGACCAUGCCCGGGCUGGAGGCCGUGGCGGCGUGCACGACGCUCAGGGCGUUGUGGCUCGGCGCGUGCGAGUCCGAGUGGGGCGACGGCGUCGCCGCCAUCGAGGGAGCCUCGGAGCUGCUCCGCCGAGCCGACCAGCUCCGCGAAGUCGGUCUGGACCGCCGUUGCGAAGCCUUUAGCCUUAGCCCCGACGUCGGCCGAACGCUGUUGGAGGCCCUGGCCUCGUCCGGGAAGUCACAGGUGGAGCGGCUGUCCCUCGUCGCCUUCUUGGAUGUGCGCCCGCUGUUGAGCGCGCUACCCUCGCUGCCGGCCCUGCGCACCCUGGCCGUCGUGAACACAGACUUCCUCGAGGAGCUCAUGGAAUUCCCGCCGGAGGGCAUCCCGUGCAUCCACUCGUGGAUCCACAGUGACGAGGUGAAAGCCGCGCUCCUGUCCAACCCCUCUCUCCACAUCCUCCUGCAGGGGCGGUACGAUUGCGACCAGGAAGACUGCGAGUCGUGCCAGCGCUACUGCCACCAAGAAAUCAAGCUGUUGAGGCACGUCGGAACGGGGGUGCAAAUCUGUCUUUUCUCGCACGAAAUCGGCAAAUGUCCCUCCUCGAAACGCCACUCUGAAUGGCUCUCGUGGGUCAUCGAAAUAACUCACGACUCUUUGUGCGAUCCCGAAGACAAUGACGUAGCAAUUAUUCAAGGUGGUAUUGGUGGGUUAUGAAUGUUACCCGUCGUAGUGCUUCUCUGACUGGCACGUGAAUAAAAGUUCUUCUUCAAUCGG